AUGCUCCGGGUCCGCGGCCGGGAGCCUCCCGGGGGUGGCCCCGCCCCGGCCCGGCCCGGCCCCCGCCUGAGUCACGCGCCCGCGCCCGCCCCGCCCCGCGCUCCCCGCAGCGAGCUCCGCCCAGCCCCCCUGGGCCGGUGGAGGGCUGGCCGCCUGGAGCUGGUGUGCGAACACUGGAUUUGCAUCAGCAGAGCCAGCUUGGCCUCCCAGACGCUGCCCUGGUUGGUGGACCACAUGCCCCGCUGUUGGCUGCAGCCCCACGCGCCCUCCACGCAGCAGGAGCGGCCUGGGAAUGUGCCCCAGGCCGAUGCCUUUCCUGCUCCCCUGAGGCUGGCCCCAGAGUGUCGCCACUCCUACCAGGGGGUGCUGAGCUCCAUCCAGGCGGGGAGCAGAAGCUGGGGGCAGGACUUCGCCAGGACCGGGGAGACCGGAGUGGGGCGGUGCCCCUCGGCCAGCAAGAGGGGCCAAGCCCUCGUCUCCAUGGCCCUUCCUCAGGGCCCAGAGGGUGACAGCCUCCCCCCGGGGGACCCCAAGGCCUCUGAGGACACUGCGGGGCCCAGCCAGGCCCCUGCCAGCCCCGCAGUCACCAGGCGGCGGCUCCUGCUGCGGGAGCUGGAGGCCCAGGUGCAGGCGGCCUAUGGGCAGACUCACUGGGAGCAGCUGGGGCUGGCGGGAGCCCACGGCCUGCGAGAGGCCCAGCCAGCGGCCCCAGACACCAGGCCUGGCAUGGUUCCUGGGCCCAUGGGAAACUGUGCCAAGCGGCCCCGACACUGGGGACCUCAGGGCAGUUGGCUGUGGCCUGGCUCCCGCCCAGGGGGCUCCCCCCACAGCCCCAAGGAGCCUGGGGGCCCCAGACGGGGCGUCCAGGGCUACUCGGUGCUCAGCAGCCUAGUGGGGCCUGCCUGCAUCUUCCUGCGGCCCAGCAUCGCUGCCACCCAGCUUGACCGGGAGCUGCGGCCAGAGGAGAUUGAAGAGCUGCAGGCCGCCUUCCAGGAGUUUGACCGAGACCGGGACGGCUACAUUGGCUAUGGGGACCUGGGCGCCUGCAUGCGGACGAUGGGCUACAUGCCCACUGAGAUGGAGCUCAUCGAGAUUUCACAGCAGAUCAGUGGCGGGAAGGUGGACUUUGAAGACUUUGUGGAGCUGAUGGGCCCCAAGCUGCUGGCCGAGACGGCAGACAUGAUUGGCGUCCGGGAGCUGCGGGAUGCCUUCAGAGAGUUUGACACCAAUAGGGAUGGCUGCAUCAGCUUGGGCGAGCUCCGGGCGGCCCUCAAGGUCCUGCUGGGGGAGCGCCUCACCCAGCGGGAGGUGGACGAGAUCCUUCAGGACAUUGACCUCAACGGGGACGGCCUGAUCGACUUUGAAGAGUUUGUGCGAAUGAUGUCUCGCUGAGCCUGCGCAGAAGCUGGAGGCAGCAGAGAGGACUUGAGACCACAGCCACUGCCCACGAGUGUGUUCCUGGAAGCCCACUGCCUCCAGUUGGGACCCUCUGCCUCUUCCCCCCAUCCCCCACCUGUGUGCAAUGCCCUUGUCUGCCCUCACCCCACCCCCACUCCCCCACCAAGCCCAUCUCUGUUUCUCUGACAAUAAAGUACCA